UCAUCUCCCGAGGUCCGUGGGACUUCUCCUUCUUGCCAGCCGCCUGCCACUGCCCGCGCCGUGUCGCCUCUUCAUCUGCGGGACUCUCCGCUGCCUCUCUUCCUCUCUUUAUUCUCUCUGUCUUUCGUCGCCCCGAGGGCCUCUGACGCCUCGCCUCGCGGAAGUGAUCUCUGUCUCGCUGUGCAACGGUGUAAGCGGUAACGAAUGCGAUUGUAGUGAUUUUUAUCGAGCGUGGGAGGGUUUUGUUCAGCGGCGCGGCGGCGCGUUUGAUCGGUGGCGCCCCUCCUCCCCCGCCCUACGAGUGCGGCGGGAAGUGACUCGAGAGCCUUCUCGGAAAGGACAUUUUCUUCCUGUGAAUCACAUCCUACGGAAGGAAAUAUAUAGACUUAAGCGACACUGGUUAAGGCUCACUUGCGAAACAUCCCGCCGGGCAGCCGAUGGUGUUAAGAUUAUGUGGUCGUCCUAAUUGAAACAAAGUGCUUCUGACGCGUCCGUUUAACCCUUGGAAAUUCCAGAAUUUGUUCUCGUGAAUAAAAGGCAGGUUAAAGUCGACAAGAGUGAGCUUGAAGUUUGAGUGAUAGGAGAACCAGGCCCGAGGAGCUCGCAGAGUACUAUUGCAGUGAUUAGUGAUUCAAGUGUGAAGGAUGUAGCAGCCGUUCGGGUGUAACUACUGAAUGGAAACACUUGCUGAGGAAACGACAACACAGUUCCGUCGUUUCAGUGACAGACUCUGAGUCGGGGCCGAGAGUUUUUUUCAGUUUCUUCCCAAAGGACCUCGAGACUCCCCCUCAGCGUCUCAGGUCCUCCUCGAAGCACCAUACCAGGCCCUGAGUAUGACACGGGAUCCACCGCGACGGCAUCGACAUAGGUUACGAGGACGCUGAAGCCUCUGCCAGGCCCUCCCUCGGGACACUCCUCCUCCUGCUGACGAAGGGCGCUCGAGGAUGAGGUUCGGCUGGAGGAGGGAGGUGGCAGGGUGGCACCUCCUGACAGGGGUGGCACUGCUCCUGCUCUGUGCCACCAUCUCCGCGACGGGGAAGAAAGCUCGAGAGCCGAAAUGGUGGAGCAUCGCCAAGAUCGCCGACCCCUCCAACUUGAUCAGCAACCACAUCAAGUCCAACUCCCUGACGGACCACUACCUGGAUCCUGCCAUCCACAGGAUCCUCCGCAAGAAGCAGCGGCGCCUCGUCAGGGAGAACCCGGGUGUCCUCGUGGCCAUCGCGAAGGGCGCCCGCCACGCCGUCCACGAGUGCAAGCAUCAGUUCCGCAAUAGACGAUGGAACUGCUCCACGUCCUCGUCCAACCGGAGCAAGAGGCUCUUCGGGAAGAUCGUCUCCAGAGCCUGCAGAGAGACGGCCUUCCUGUACGCCCUCACCUCGGCCGCCGUCACACACACCGUGACGCGGGCGUGCACCGAAGGAUCCAUCGACUCCUGUAACUGCGACUACAGGACCGAAGGACCCUCAGGACUCGACUGGGAGUGGGGGGGCUGCUCAGAUAACAUUGACUUCGGCGACAACUUCUCCAGGCUGUUCGUGGACGCCGGCGAGAAGGGGCGCGACCCUCGCUUCCCCAUGAAUCUGCACAACAACGAAGUGGGGAGACUGCAUGUGAAGAGCGAGAUGCGCAAGGAGUGUAAGUGCCACGGGAUGUCAGGCUCCUGCACCGUCAAGACGUGUUGGUGGAGACUUCCCUACUUCAGACGAGUCGGUGACGCUCUCAAGGACCGAUUCGACGGCGCCUCGCGAGUGUCAGUCAAGAACGCCGGCAACGCUCGAGCCUCCAACAACCGGCAGCGCAACAGACGGAGGAAGAACACCAGGCGGAGGAGGAGAAAGUCCUUCGCGCUCCUGAAGCCCUACAACCCGGACCACAAGCCGCCCUCCAAGAAGGACCUCGUGUACCUCGAGGACUCGCCCGACUUCUGCGUCAGGGAUCGAAAACUUGGCAUCAAGGGGACGCACGGAAGAGAGUGCAACAAGACGAGCAUCGGCGUGGACGGAUGCGACCUCAUGUGCUGCGGCCGCGAAUACCACACCCGCGUCAUCGAGGUACACGAGAGGUGUUCCUGUACUUUCCAGUGGUGUUGCGUCGUCAAGUGCAAGACGUGCAAGUACAAGAAGACGACGCACAUCUGCUCUUAGGAACUGUGCUGGCUUUCGACGUGCGGAAUUCGGAUCUGCCCGACGUCGAGAGCGCGUGAAUGCACUCGUGUUCAUUGAAAGGACGAUGUAUCCGUGAUUUUGUGGUUGCAGGGGAUAAGUGUUCCUGGCCUCGUGCUGGUGCGCGUGGAGAGUCGUCUGGUUGCGUACUGCUAAAGGUACUUGCCCGAUUUCCUUGCAGACGGCCAGGUUGGUUUGGUCCAUUACGAGAGACUAAGAAAGUAAUUGUAAAUAAGAUUAGGAUCUUUCAUGGAAGCUUCCAAUUCAAGUGUCGAUACAGGAAGGUUUGAAAUUACCCGAAUCAGAAAAUAUCCGCAAGCAAACAAAAUUGUUACCAGGACGUUUUGCCGAUUGAACUUUUUUUUUUCCUGAACAGUGACGGACAAUAAAACCUUUUAUCUCAUCUCAAGAAUAAGAUUUAUAUAACCAUGAAAAUCCCUAAUGAGAAUGUACAUACUAGUAGCUGAUAAUUUCAUCGCUCUCUUUAGAAAGAAAAUAUAUACACACCAAGUGCUGUUAUAGUAAUUACCUUACUGAAAGACAAAGUCCAACAAAAAUAUAGUCUCCUGGAAGUAAAUGAUAUAUUUUGACAAUCAUGGAUAUGACUCUGAUCUCCGAAGGAAAAUUAUUGGCGUUACAAGUGUGAUUAUUCUUAACGCAAGUGGUAUCUCACAUGGACUAUUCAGCACUUGGAAAUGGCUGGUCUGCCAAUGUGCAGUUGACUUUGGACUUGCUAAAAAAAUGCUUAGGAAUGCAAAUAUUGAAAAUGCACUUUUUGAAAGUGAAGUAAAAACUCGUUAUCUGUGACGUAUUGUAGGCUAUAUUGUGCCAAAGAAAUUAUUAA